AUGUUGGAAACAGUAGCUCCAGAGAAUGUUUAAUAGGGUUAGACAGGCUCUGGUAGCUCACUCGAAGUUCUACACCGAAGACUUUAUCAUUGCAAGCAUUUGUCUUGAUCGCAUAAGUACAUCAUGUCGGGUUCAUCCAACAUUAUGGCCAUGAAAAAAGUGGUUCAACAGUUGCGUUUUGAAGCCAGUAUUAACAGAGUUAAGGUGUCCCAGGCAGCCGCUGAUUUGCAACAGUUUUGCCUUCAGAAUGCCAACCAUGACGCUCUACUUACCGGGGUGUCAUCAAGCACAAACCCUUUCAGGACACAGAAAGUAUGCUCAUUCUUGUAGCUAACUGGCAGGAGUUCAAGUUUUAAAUUGAGAUUUUCGCAACAGAUCAAUACACUGCAAAGGAGGCAUCUAUGGAUAUAAAAUGGAAACCACCAGCUAAUAGUAGUUUUUAACCAUCAAUGAUAUUAAGGUGCUUUUUAAAAUUACAAACAUUCUGUAAAGUAAUCUAUAGCCGAAUACGUGCCUUCGUCAUUUCGUUUUUUUAUGUGUUUUUUUUAACAAUAAAUUGCUAACAUUUCCGAAA